CUGAAGCCGCCUCUCUUUUAGAGAUGCAUCGAUAAAGAGACCAACCCUUUUCUCUCCUCCCUCCUUUCUCCCUUCCCUUUUCUUCCUUUGCUCUCUCUCUCUCUCUCUCUCCAACUCUCUAACCCUAAUUCUACCGCCAAUACAUGACGGGUUGAAGGUUCAAAGUUGAGCAGAGAUCUUUUCUUUUUCGUCAGCAACAGUUAAUUUCUUGAUUUAUGGUUGGUUCUUGGUUCAAAGACAAGAGAAAAAGAAAAGUAUGUUCAAAAGGCCUGGCUCGUGUGCUGCAGAUCAGAGCUUUAAAGACAUGAAUUCAGAACUCUCUCUGCAGAGAGACAAAAUGGAUUCUGGAAACAGUGGAAGUCUUCAGUCAUCAAGUGGUGAUGAAGAGUACGAUUCACGCGCCGAUUCCAUCUCGGCAGCUCUCAUGACUUCCCACCACCACAACCACCCUACUCCGCCACCAGCGGCACCACCACUGAACCCAACAAACACUUCCUCCAUCUUUGACUCUCUGUCUAACUAUUUCGACCCCAUUUCACGGCCACCACAGAAUCCUGACUCAUCCCUCCUCAAUCUGGAGAUGUCCUGGUCUACAGCCCUAAGAUCCAACCCAAAUUUGUCUGAUAUCAAUCCCAACAUGGUUUCUGCAUCUUCAAUCCAAUCCCUUUUUGGCUCAAACCAACAGCAACAAGGUUCUUUCGCCACUACUACCCCAUCUGUGUCAAUCCCUUCAUCCGUGCAAGAGAAUACCAGUGCUACAAAUACACCUAGACAACAAGCAGCACCAGAGCAAAAUAAUCAAGCCCAAGUGGCACGUAAUCCAAAGAAGCGAUCAAGAGCAUCGAGGCGGGCGCCAACAACUGUACUCACCACUGAUACCACCAACUUCAGAGCCAUGGUCCAAGAAUUUACAGGCAUCCCAGCUCCACCCUUUACAUCUUCUUCACCGUUUCAAAGACCAAGACUUGAUCUUUAUGGUACCAGUCCUUCUAGCAUGAGAUCUAAUAACCUUAUAGACUCAUCACAACUACAGCCACCUUAUCUUCGUAGGCCUUUUCCUCAAAAAGUUCAACUGCCUCCACCUUUUCUGGCUUCAUCGGCUUCAUCAUGUUCUUCUCUGUUGAAUUCAUCCUUAGUUGAUCAUGCUGCAAUAGCUUCACCAAAUAGUACUAGUACUAACAACAACAACACUUCUGGAUUAAACAUUAGUACUUCCACUAAUCCUACUUUCCAACUCCCUCUCCAAAGUGCAAAUCUUUUCAACUUGCCAACCCCAAUUCUCACUUCACUUCUUCAAUCUAACCAUGUCAAGUAUCAGCCUUCCAAUUGCCCCGUUAUCGGAUCAAAAACAGCCCAAAGUUUAGAUGAAUUUGGCUUAGGCCAGGGUCAUGUCAACACAAGUUCUUUAAGUGGGCUUCCGGGGCUCAUUUCUUCCGAUCAAACGACGUCGAGGAAUGGUAACAAUCCGGUUAACUGGGGAAGUUCGAGUGCUGGGGUCGGUUCGAACGAUGGAGGAGGUGAUCAAGGUCAUCAGAGCAGGUCUGGAAAUGGAAACUUUAGUUUGUCAAGAAGUGUUAACGGUGCUGGAAAUGGGAAGCUGAGUUACUCCGGUUCUUCCUCCGGUUUUCACGGGGAGAAAGGGUCGUCGGAAAAUGUAGCUGUGGCGGUUGCACCACCACCAGCAAGAGGGGAAGGUAUGAUGGAAUCUUGGAUAUGUUCUUCAGACUAGAAAUGAUUACAGUGUUAGAAAGUUUGGAGAUAAUGAUGGUGAUUAGUUUGAUGAUGACCAUUACUAUGAUGAUAAGGAGGAAAAAAAAAAAAGAGACAAGACAUGGGAAAAGAUAUUAAUUAGUACUACUACUAGUGUUGUCUUCAAUGAUCUUAACCAUGACUUUCACCAAAGCUUAGAGCAGUGUAGUUUGGUCUAAAUUAUGUGUAAAUAAUAGUUUUCCUUUUUCGGUCCUUGAUGAUGGUAUAUAGUAUAUAUCAAUCACUGACCAUACAUUAUACAUAAAUAGUAGUAGGGAUAGGUAGAGCUGAUGAUGAUGUUGAUUAUGAUCUUGAUCAUGGACCUUUAUUUUGUUUGUAUUCUUGUUAAUGUCGGUUGAUUUUUAAUUUCUUCCCAUAGUAAAA